AUGGUAGAGUGGCCUAAGCUUGGUCUUAUUUCUUUUUUUGUGCUUUGUGUACAUGACAACUCUUCUGGGAAACCUCCUCAUCAUGGUCACUGUGACCUGUAUGUGACCAUCAUGAGUAGGGGGCGAUGCACUGCCCUCAUUGUGGCCUCCUGGGUGGGUGGCUUCGUCCACUCCAUCGUGCAGAUUUCCCUCUUACUCCCACUCCCCUUCUGUGGACCUAAUGUUCUCGACACUCUCUACCGCGAUGUUCCCCAGGUCCUCAAACUCGCCUGUACUGACACUUUUGCACCUGAGCUCCUGAUGAUUUCCAACAAUGGCUUAGUCACUACCCUGUGGUUUAUCUUCUUGCUUGUGUCCUACACAGUCAUCCUCAUGAUGCCGAGGUCUCAGGCAGGGGAGGGCAGGAGGAAAGCCAUCUCCACCUGUACUUUCCCCAUCACCGUGGUGACCCUGCACUUCGUGCCCUGCAUCUAUGUCUACACCCGGCCCUUCACCGCCCUCCCCACGGAUAAGGCCAUCUCUGUCACCUUCACUGUCAUCUCCCCUCUGCUGACCCCCUUGAUCUACACUCUGAGGAACCAGGAGAUGAAGUCUGCCACGAGGAGACUGAAGGGAAGACUCACGCCUUCUGUAACGGAAUAG